CAUUCGUAGGCGGGCACUUGCAUUCACAGGGGCAGACUGAAGGCUCACGCUUUCAUUUCUACACCAGUAAAUCCACAAAAAGUCAGUGUUUCCGCAGAAAUGGAGGACACAAAGCUUGAGGAGACGAAUGUGGAGGAGCAGAAAGAUGAGGAGAAUAGGAACUGUCCAGAAAAACAGGAGGAAGCCAAACUAAAGGCCAAAUACCCUCACCUGGGCAAUAAACCCGGAGGAUCUGAUUUGCUCAGGAAAAGACUGCAGAAGGGGCCAAAGUACUUUGACUCGGGCGACUACAACAUGGCAAAGGCCAAAAUAAAGAACAAGCAGCUUCCUGCGGCACAAACCGAGAAGGCAGAGAUCACCGGAGACCACAUCCCCACCCCUCAGGACCUGCCGCAGAGGAAACCCUCUCUGGUGGCUAGCAAACUGGCCGGCUGAUAGCUGCUGCUGCUUUCCUUCACUCCACACUCCCAGUUUCUUCAUUUACGUUUAUUUCUGAUCCAGCAUUCCUGUCCUCAUUCUCUCUCAUUUCCUGUUCUCUGAAAGUACACUGAAUAUUCAUAGGGUUGCAGAUGUUACAGAGCUGUAUUGAACUGCUGCACUGUGAGAUGGGUCGGGUCGUGGCUCUAAGGGGGGUGAAGUUCUCAAAGGUCUUCUGAUAUUUUUAACGUGUCGUAGUAUGUAGUUGAAAGUGUACAUAUUUGAUAAUAAGCGAGAGCAAACAUCAUUUUACGUUUUGCUUUACAUUUUAAUUGUAUCAAUUUCUCACAUUACCCGCUGCUUCAUGCGAUAAAUAUAAAGUUCUGUAAUUUACGCACCCCAAACUUGUAUGACUUUCUUUCUUCUGUGGAUCGUAAAAUGGGAACUUCAAAAGAUUGAUGAAACAAAUAAUGAAAUGAGUGGAGACUGUGGCUGUCAAGCUCCAGAAAAGCCUACAAAUCACUAUCAAAGUUGGUGUUAUAGUCCAGGUCUUCUGAAUUCAUACAAUAUUGCCGUACAGACUGGAAAUCUUGGCCUUAUUAAAUCUUAUCUAUGCUUGUGUUCAAUUCAAAACCGUCAAAUGUGCCUUGUGAUAAUUUUUAAGACAUGCGAGAAUCAAACGGCAUUUGAUGAUUUACAAGUGCUGUGAUGAAUCUGGCCACGUUAAAAUUCAAUUGGGAAUCUAAUCAUUUAUUGUGGAUACAUUAUUAAUAUGUUGGUAUUGUGUAUAUCCAGAAGACUUGUUAUAUAAUGUGCUUUUAGUGGUACGUUUUCUGGACUCUUGAGGGACCAGUGUCCAUAUUUUGGUAUAUAGAAGUAAAUGCACAAUUCUUGUUUCUCAUGAAAGAAAGAAAGUCAUUCAAAGUCAAAGUAGACCUACAUUAUGAGUAAAUGAGAAUUUAGAUUUUGGUGAACUGUUCAACGUGUGCUUGAAAUGAAUAAUGUAGAUCAGCAUCUUGUUUCUUUCAUAAGAAUGCUCAUUUCAGUGUUUCAGCUUUAAUCUGUCUGAGGACACUCGGUUAGCCAUGUUUAAUAGCAUGUAAUGCAGAUCUUUAAGGCUGCAGUCAAUUUGCCUUGUAUCAUAGUGCUUAAAGCCUUAUGAUGUAGUGCCAAUACAGGAAUUGGCAUCAGAAAUCCACACGUUCAUGUCAUAUAUCACUGGUGUCUGUUUGUGGACAUCAGACAGUGAGGACGCCUCUGGUGUGUAAUAAGCUCCAUAAGAUCUCAUCUAUCUUGUCUUCUAUGCAGAGGAGGAAAGCGGUUCUCUGUCGGCUCCUCACGCCACAUCAACGCACUACAAUAAAAUGUCCACGGUCUGCAUGAGCAUAAACUGUGGUCGCUUUUGAGCCAUUUUGACUUGUAAAUAAAAUAGUUUUGCAAACUUU